AUGAUUCGUUCAACAUUCAUAUGCAAGUUUACAAUAUAUCUAGCACUUUUAUCUAGCGCGGUUAGUGAUCCACUCGUGGUUCAUUCAAGGACUUUAAAUACCGCCCCCAAUGCAGUACAAAAAGCCUCACCUUUGCUAAUCACACAUUCCGAUAACUUCUCAAAAUCCACUACGGACUAUUACACCCCACCCGCCAGCUUACUCAAACUGACACUCUCUAAAGUCCAGUAUAUCAUUCCCUCUACGACCAACAAAAUCUACUCAUAUCUUCAAAAGCAUUUCAAAAACCCACAAUUAUGCCUCUAUCUCUACCGAAACCCCGUAGUAGUUCAGUUCCUAGCCGCCAAGCCAGGCCUUUCCUCACCUACUCCAGACCAUUUCUUUUCACCUCAACUAGCAACCCCGCUAGUAACCACCAUCAUUCCUCCCCAUCCAUUCAAUCCACCACAUCCAUUCACCAUGGCUACUCACUGGGCCACUAGCCAAAACAAGCAACAACGAAUGUUUCUCGAGCAUUGGCAAAAGCAAAUGGUUGCCUAUUGCGAUGUCUUAGCCGACAUUAGCAGCAUGGCCGACAUAGCGUUUGGUUUGAAUCGAGCCCUGAGCAAUAGUCGUAGAACUACCGCUGGUAUCCAGGCCAAGAAGCUAGCUGCCACCAACGAAAUUUUCGAGCAGUUCAAGAUUGCAAAGGCCCAGACCGGGCUUAUCGUGCAGUUAAGUUCUUUGGUUGAAGUAGCCAAUAACCAGCCAGACUCUAUUGAUACUAACUCAACUCCGGCAUAUCAAUGUCUUAGCUUGAAAACUUUCAGUAAUCAAUGGACUCAUAAGACAAUCGAGCAAAUCAACAAUAUUCUAGCCCAAACUAAAACCGAGAAAGAUAGAACCAUCCAAAGAAUUUCCAAAAUACUAACCCAAAUACUAGUCCAGCUACAAAUUUGGAUGCACAACAAGUCAGAUCUAAUCUUGAUGCAAGGAAAGACUAUAGCCCAGCUAAAAAGGGAUGUCAAAUCUAAUCAAUCUAAAAUCAUGCAAUGUGAAUCAAUAUACUUAACCAUCAAGAACGAGUGUGAUGAACAAGCAGCGGCUCUUACGCUGGCUAAUAAUAACUUGACUGGUACCCAAAGCAAGCUUAAUGAAGCGAAGCAAGCCCUAGACGAUCUUAAUAGCCAACUGCUGGCUUCUCGGAGCGAACGCGAUGCCUCUGCCAAACAAGUAACCGAUCUACAGACGCAAAAAGGAGAAGAGAUAAAGGAGCUUGAGGCGAAGUUGAAAGUGAAAGGAGAAGAGAUAGCGAGCAAUGAAAAGGAGAUAAAGAAGCUUGAGGCGGAGUUGAAAGUGAAAAGAGAAGAGAUAGCGAGCAAUGAAAAAGAGAUAAAUGGGCUUGAGGAGAAGUUGAAAGUGAAAAGAGAAGAGAUAAAUGAACUUGAGAAGAGUUUUAAUGCCGCUAGUCAAGAAAGGUCUCAAUUGGAAAACGAUCACCAAAAUCAGUUAGUGAAUGUCACCUCUGCUCUACAGCAAAUACUUGGUUCUAAUAGCGAUGAUAACGACGUUGAAUCCCUUCUUGUGAAGGUUAAUUCAGCUAUUGCUCAGAAGAAUCAAGAAGCCUCGCGACUCAAAUCUGAUAAUUCCAAUUGCAAAGCCCUACUAGCUCAGCUUAUUGACGAAUUUAGAAGUAUUGACAAUGCCAACACAGAGAUCACCCAGAUUGAGAAGCCUCAACUAAGUGACAUGACAGAAGGAAUCAAAAUUCUAGAUGGUAUUGCCAAGGGUCUAAUUGCUGAGAUCGCUCAGAAUCGAACAGAAAAAGGUCUGUUUGUCCUGCAGGCGCAGCGCAUGGUACAGGGUGCACUACAUUAUUUCCACGAUCUAAUUCAAACUAUUGAUCCUUCAAUCUCACCUCAGACAAAGAACAUAAGUUUGGUACCCAAUUCCUCAAGCACUGGUUUUCCUACUGCUACUAGCCAGCCAACAUCGACUGCCACUAUUGACACGAAAGAUUUGUCUGCUGCCUUUGAUUCGAUUUGUGCUUUACUGGGUUUAGACUCUGCCAAUAAGGAAAAAGCUCUCGAAACUUUCCAUGCUGUAACCGACGAACUCAAUGCGGCCAUUAAUCUUAUUGAUCAACAACAAAGUCUCCAUAUCGAGACAAUUAAGAUGCUGGGAGGGAACAUAGAAAGAGCCACCAAAGUUGGCUUUUAUCUGCUAAGCGUAGGUAGUUGCCAUAUUGUUGAUCUUACCCCGAUUAAGAAUCUGCCGUCUCUAAUUACCUAUAUACAAACCAAUCGCCUGAACCCAACCCAAGCUAAGUUUAAAGACCACACUACUCUAAAUAGUCUGGUCACAAAACUGAAGCCUCUAGAAAACCUAAGCCAGACUAACAAUGGCAACCCUCCAUCUCAACUCAUCCUAACUCGACCAGAAGUUAACGCUUUUAUUGAGGUUCUCUUUGAUAUGAUCUCUGACUCAAAAGAGAAGCUAGCUCACUUAACAAAUGAGAAGAAUGCUUGGCAAACUACUCAACAAACGAAUCAGAAAGAAGUAGAAUAUUACAAAAAUGCAUGGAAAUCCCAAGAACAGGCAUUUACUCAGUUUAUUGCUACAGUACUAACCCAAUUGGACCAUGACAAUGAAAAUGACUUCACAAAGACACUAAAAUCUGGCGAUGAGUCCAAUCAAGCCCAAAUUCACGCUGUGCAUUGUUUGCUCGAGAAGUACUGCAAUACGCUAACUGAUCAACGCAAAGAGCUAGACCAUUUGACUAGCGUGAACGCAGAUCUAAGCGAUAAGCUAAAUAAGGCCGCCCAAGAUAAUCGGAAUAACCAGACCACAAUACAAAGCUACCUGAAACAAGCCGAGAAACACCAAGAGCAAAUCGAUCUCUACAAAGAGAAAAUCAAGGAACACCAAGAGCAAGCCGAGGAACACCAAAGGCAAAUCGAUCUCUACAAUGGGCAAAUCGAGGAACACCAAAGGCAAAUCAAGGAACACCAAGAGCAAGCCGAGAAAAACCAAGAGCAAGCCGAGGAACGUCUACAAGAGAUAGCCAAGGAACACCAAAGGCAAAUCGAUCUCUACAAUGGGCAAAUCGAGGAACACCAAAGGCAAAUCGAGGAACACCAAGAGCAAGCCGAGGAACGUCUACAAGAGAUAGCCAAGGAACACCAAAGGCAAAUCGAGGAACACCAAAGGCAAAUCGAGGAACACCAAAGGCAAAUCGAGGAACACCAAAGGCAAAUCGAUCUCUACAAAGGGCAAAUCGAGUUCUACAAAGAGCAAGUCGAGGAACGUCUACAAGAGAUAGCUACCUUAGAAAAUUCAACUUCUGAGUUAGCCCUAACCAAUGAACGUCAAAAUCUGGCGAUAGCCCAGCUAACUGCCGAUAAUGCUAUGAUAGAUGCACAGAACAAAGCUCUGGAAGAUACACUAAGCACGCAAACCAAUGUGGAUAAGACCGCCCAAGUAGCAAUUACGAGUUUUAAUUCUUUCGCAACAGACGUCAAUAGUCGGCUUGAACAGGGGAAUCUCACUAGUAAUGAUAUAUCCCGCAUCCUCUCCAAUCACAGGCAGGUAUUUACACCUAACCAUAAUUUGAAUCCUGCGGCUACUCUAUUUAGGCAAUUGCUCAAUCAACAACUCCAAUCUUCUGACUCCAAUAACGACCUACCCAAUAUGACCAAUAGUUCUUCAUCAAACGCUGGCGAACUCACUAAACGCCUCGAAGAAUGCGCUGUUAGUUUCCAAAAUAAUCGACUCCUCAAUGCCAAACAUCGCCGCAUCAACAACUUCAAAUGCCCCAGUCCUUCCAUCACUUUUAAUGUACAUGUCCAAGAUUUCUUCAAUACUAGCCCAAUACUAGCCCAAUCUAACGAUAAAUUAUUGUCCGAUCACCAAGAAUUAGCCAAAGACGUUUACAGUGCCUUAAAAGAACUGCGCAAUAUGGACCCCAGCUUUGUCAAUGCGAUGAAUGUUCUCUGCACUGAUGCUUACGCUGAAAAGAUAUUUGCCGGUGACGACCCUGCAGCUUUACAGGACCCUGAGUUUAUUCAUCACUACCUACGACUAGUCUAUAAUAUCUUCCAAACUCUAAUCUUCUCUAAAGCCAUCGCCAUCUACGACCUCUGUGAGAAGAGCUACCAAAAAUUAGCCUCACUUGAAAUCAAUAAUAGUGGCCUUAUCCAUACUCAAGCCUCCGCCAAACAAACCUUAUCCCAUGUCUACCAAAUCUCUCAGUACAAUCUCCACAUCUCCGUCCUCUUCAACUGCCUCCAUCGAAUUGCCCAUCAUUGCAAGGAGUUGGAGUCUAGCCAUUCAAACCUACUCAACAAGGAGAAACCCAUUACCGAGGUCUUUGAUCAAACACGUAACUUCGUUUUCGAGCAUUCUGCUAAUCUACAACAAGUCUAUGCCUGGCUCUUUAUCUGCCACACACCCAAUACUAUCGAAGAAUAA